AUGUGUGACAAUCAUCUCUCAGUGCACACCUCAUACGUAGCUACCGAUGCCCCUCCACCUCCACCCUCCCUCCCUAAGAUAGAGGAGAGUACCAGCAGCAUACCUGAACUUGAAGAUGACCCUGUUGCUGACCUCUUUCAGGACAAGCAUGCCUUCAUGGAUGUCAAUAUUGACUACAUUCAUGAGCUUGCCGACAUGGACGAGGGCCAGAAGCGGCAAUGCUGCACCGCAGGGAUUAAGGAAUGGAUCAAGACACAUUUUCGACGGAAGACUCUUAGACAAGCUGGACUCUGCAUCCAACUUGGCCAUCCCAUUGAUGAGCACUGCGGAAGGCCUCAGCCAGCAUGGGAUGAUGAUUUCAUCAUCCUAGACAUCUCUGGCAUCCAUUCACUGUUGCAUGCACCUAACGUCUCCGGUUUUCAUUUUUAUGCCGUGCUCGAACGCCGUACCGACAAUACCAGCAUGAACCCUCCUCCUGGUCGUUAUUCUGCUUUCAUGCAGAUGAUGCAUCAGUGGAGGCAUCUUAAGCUUAUAAAACAUGUAGGACGAGGACACGAUCCUGACGGCAUAUCUGCGACACCUCCAGGUGGCUGCACUGUACUUUGCCCGGCAUGCCCACAACCCGGCAAGAACCUUCCCAAAGAUUAUGAGCAAGCACCUCCUGAACGCACAUGGCUGUACCGACUGUUCAUUGGCAUCAAUGCCAACUUUCAGCUCAAGAGAAAGAAGGUUUUGUCUGAUGAACUUGACCCCGGUCUCAAUAAUGGAUGUGCCUUCUUUGUCGAGGAGAAGGCAUACAAAGAUCACAUCAAGAUGUUCAGUGCAGCUAUCAAGGAAGAGUCAAGCACUUGCAACGAUCAUGAUGCAAUCAAACUCGCAAAUAUCAAGAGCACUCAAGGCACUGCUGCGAGUGGCGUGGGGAUGGUUGAGUGCACAAGACAUGAUAUGAAGCAUCCAUGCUCCAUUGGUGAUUUGCAGAAGGGAGAACGAUAUGUCAAUAUGGACUACCUGUUCAUAAGUAGCAUGGACCAGAAUGCUCCAGUGGCCAUGGUUGCCUCAUACAACAUUGCAUGCCAAUGGUCCAUGCAUCUAUGGAAACGUAUGAUGCAAUACUCGCCGACAUUUGAUCCCAAUAAACGUGAGAUCACAUUUCUGAUCCCCAAGUUUCACCUUCCAGUGCAUCAGCCUACUUGUCACCUCAACUUUUCCUUCAACAUCACCAAGCACAUCACCCACACUGAUGGAGAGACACCAGAGUGCGGCUGGGCUGCUGUGAGUCUGUUCGCAUCGAGUACGAAGGAGAUGGGCCCCGACUCCCGACAUGACCUCCUCGAUGAUGUUUUCGGUGCAUAUAACUGGAAUAAGCAUGCGGUCUCUGAGCGUAAUGAACAAACUGCGGCCUUCGAGGACCUGACCUCAUCCUUACCAGCUUCUCGUGUAGCCAAGUGGAAAGCAGCCAUUGAGGCAUGGGAAGAAGACAGGUCCAGUGCCAAUCCAUUUAAAGUGAAGCGACACAAGAUCACACAAGCCAAUGUCUGGCUUCAAUUAGCGGAGGAAGAUGCUACAUUAUUGCAAGAGGGAGGCACUCUUAAGGUUCAUGACAAAAUCAGCCCAAGUAUCAUGAUUAUGUCAGGUCUGGAGCUCGAGGAACAACAUGAUUCGAGCUGGAAGGCUGAGUUGCGCCCUCUCGAGAACUCUGACAUUCAGGGCAUGAUGGAGGGCUUGUUCGAUGAGAGUGAAGGAUGGCGGACACUCUCGUGGAUCUGGUGUACUGCAGGAGUUGGCCAGCUGGACAGUGCGAGUGAGGACGAGGGUAUACAAAAAGCACUGCAAGUCAAAUGGUGCAAGGCACGUGCACGCGCACAGUGCUGGACUGAAGAAUGUGAGCUCCUGGUAGAGGAAAUGUGA